AUGAGUUGUGAGAGAGGAGGAAAUUACAAGAAGAAGGAUGUGGUUGUAGAGAGUUAUACAAUGAAAGUAAAAUGUCCAUUUAUGCUGAGAUUUGUGUCAAGUGGAAGCGGCUGGAAGGUUACGGUCAGGUGUGGGUUUCACAAUCAUAUGCUAGCUAAGGACUUAAAUGAGAAUGACACACCAGAUCGUUUAAAAGAUCAUGAACGGAAGUUUGUGAAUGACAUGACCAAAUACAAUAUGGCUCCCAGAUACAUAGUUGCCGCUUUGAAAGAUAGAUAUCCAGAAAAUCUAAUGGGUGUUACCAAGAUCUACAAGGCUAGGUCAACUUACAAUGUGAGAAAGAGAGGUUUGUUGGAUGAGAUGCAACAUCUACUGAGUCUUAUACAUGAAGAUAAAUACAUGUACUGGACAAGAAACAUGGACUUUUCCAAUGUUAUUGCUGAUAUCUUUUGGACGCACCCUGAUUCAGUGAAGUUGUUGAACGUGUUUCAUCCUGUGUUGAUUUUUUAUUGCACAUACAAAACAAACAGGACAUAUGGCGAUGAAGAUGAAAGUGCGAGAACUAACACAUCCAUCCACAACUUUCAUGUGUCCACCACCAGUGAAUAUAUUGAUGACAUUGUUGAUGUGGGAGACAAUGGAAAUUGUGGUUUUUCGGGAUAUUGCAACUUUACUUGGAUGGGGCUAAGAGUCUUGGCAUUUGGCUCGGAUGCAAUUGAUAGAUUUGGUGUGCAGGAUCGUGAUAAGUGGAUGAAGAUUCCAGAUAUGGGUUACCUUAUUGUUUCUAGAUACAGUGUUAUAUUGGUCUCGUUCUCCAUGAAUUUUAACAUCACAUUCUUCCUAUUAGUGAUAGCAUUGUGCAUCACGUCAAGUAGACACGAAAUGAUUGAAAUUGGUUUUAAUAAGAACAAUCAUUGGGUGCAGGUGAAGUUGAAAUCCAAUUGUCCUUUGUCUCCCGUCAUAGACCGAUGGUAA